AUGCCAAUCUCCGAUUUGUGGGAUCGCCCGGAAAGCACACAUGGUGAUGACAAGCGGCCGCGGUAUCAAACCAAUAGGCUACAAAACUUGGCCAGGACGGAGAAAGCACGAGCGCAGAUCGGCUUGAACCGGCAGCGCCGAAAGCUGGUUGGUAGCCAAUGUGAAAAUGACAUUUGCCAGAAAGCCACUUCGUCCUUGCUGGGCAAUUUACCCCAGGACUCGGAUGAAUACUUAGAGCGCUUAGCGAAGCAUUUCCUGACAACAAGCUUUUUCCGAGUGCAGUACCAGAAUCCAUACCAUGGAAACAGAGCCAUGCUAGAUAGGGACCGCGCCCGAGUUGUCACCAGUGUGUUGGAAGCUUCUGCUCAGAGAUUGAAUGCCCUCGUUGAAAGCCAGCAUCAGCCUCCGCUUCAUAUCCUGAAUGUGCAUUGUGUUGACGACACAAGCGUUCGAAUGAGAGGCCCCAACGCAGCAACGGUUUUAUACACAGUCAUGAACUCAGUACAGUCCUUGCACAUUCGAGCCAGUGCUGCUUCGGAUCAGGUGACCAGUGCGAGGGUGCCCACACCUCUCAUUGUUUUGGAAUCUCCAACCGCUGAAAGCAUUCACUUGUCUUUUGCAGAAUCUGCCAUUGUCACUUCCCAGGGUGUGGGAAAGCUGUUUCAGCGAAUGGGGGUCCAUGCAGAUCUGACCAAGAUUGCCCUGUUCCGCACGUUUGUGUUCGUCGGAGAUUCACUCAGGGCCAAUCACAAAGCCUUCGAUCUAGAGCUGGCCAUGCUGCACCAGCUGAGGCAAGACCCAACUUCGAAAGGUCACUUGGCGCUAAAAGUUCAGUGCGCUAUGCACCAAACAUGCCUUAUUCGUAAGCCGGCAGUCCUCCUCAUCCCGCACUAUUGGGCUACACUAGUCCGAUUAUCCCAUUUAUUCGAAACACUGAGUUUUCGAAAGCAGCUUGCCACAGCUUUGACUGAAGUCAUAAGUUCAUCCUUUGUUCAUAUUCAGCAGAUGGAGCUUCCACCAGACAUGAUCUUGUGGCAAGCCCAAGCAGAGCGAUUGAAAGCUGUGUAUUGGAGCAAUUCCAGGAAGAGAAGAGACCUUUUGGCUGAGUGCUUGGAGUUUUGCAACGGCAAUUUGGCCGAAACUGCUGUAACACAUUUUUGCAAAUUCACAGCAAGUGGAGAACCGUGCUGCGAAAACUCCCAAGCUGCACUUUCAAAAGCAUUGAAACUAUUAGUGCCCUUCUUCUCAGCCGGCUUUGCACCGCCACUUCUAUAUAGAUUCAAAUACUAUUCAGAAGCUGCUGGCUAUGCCCUGAUCGGCUGUCAUGUUCAUAGACUCCUUGUGCGCGCAUUGGAGUGCAUCGAUUCGGGCAGCAGUGAAUCAACUUCAGUCUCUGCUGAACUGGUCGGGAUGUUGCUUGGAGAGAUGGAGCAGUCAGUGGACGAUGGUGAGCUUGAGCACGCUGUCAAUGAUUUGUUGGGAGCAGAGCAUGAUACUUCAUUUGCAGACAGCAACGCGAAAAGACGUCAGCAGGUGAAAGCUGCACUGUCCCAGCCAUCAUUUGCACAAUCUGCCAUCAUCGUAGGCUUGGUCAUUCAGCCAAUGGAUGGCAUUCUGAACCGAUUCCUUCGCAGGAGUGAAGAAAUCGCUAAGCUCACCCUUCUUGGCCGCAGCGAUCCCAGCUGGCAAGAGAAAGCCAUGAAGACCAAAGGUUUGUUUCUAGAAUAUAUUUCAGGAAAGCUUGGGAUGGAUUUGGUGGCCAAAUACUCUCACCUUUUGCAAGGGGGGUUUGCAGGCAUGCUGGAGAUUGGAUUGGAACCUGUACCGUCCAACUUGCAAACAUUUUUUACCAUGGUGGUUCUUUGCAUUACUGACACCUGGCGUCGGUUUGUGCACAACUUCAGGUCCUUCCCCCACAGGCUGUUCGAACUCCUGUCCGAAUGCGAGAACUGCGCAACUGACGACUAG